AUGAGAUACCUCGGCAUUGCCCUUGCAAGCGUUGCUGGUGGAGUGUCGGCCUUCCCUGCCUCCUCAGGCACCUUCUUCAACGGGUUCAACCCACAAGCUGCUGCUGCUGUGAUCAAUGGUACCACGUACUUGAACAGCACCACGACGAGAGUCCCCACCACCGCCCUGGUUCCUGCAACCUCUAUCGUUCCUACUACGAUACAUACCACUGUUUACCAAGGCGCAGAUCACGUCGUCUCGACUGUGUACAAGACUGUCACUCUGUCUGCCUCUUCGACACCGAUCACUGGAGCCCAGGGCAAUUUCGAUUGGUCAGAAACUGCGGAUGCUCCAGUUCCUACAGUUACUCUCUCUCCUGCCGUUCAUUGGGAUGUAGUCGUUGGACCACAAAACUUGAUUCCUGCGAACCAGCCAGCACCCUUGUAUUACAACGAUGGAGGUCCUCGUGCCGAUCCAAGUGUUGCACACUCUUUUGGUACUCUCGACAUCAACUACAAGAUCCCUGCUGUCAAUCUUGAUCACACGGACUGCGCUACCUCAGUUUCAUAUGACAGCGGUGUCCUCUCAGUCAAGUUUGCUGACGCGGCGUGCUUCGCUCAAGCACAAGGUUCUUGGUCUUCGAACCAGCAGCUCAUCUUCAUCACCUAUUCCAACAUCUGCCAGAACUUUGCAAAUGGCGAGUUCUGUUACUAUGUCUCUUCCUCACUUGUGUUCUCAGUCGAAGGACUGACAGUGACCGUAUCCGGUGCGAUAGUCGAAGUGGCAGACUGGAUGAACGGAGCUCAGUUCCAAUGGGGCGUCUACAAGCCGGAGCCUCAAGUUUCGAUCAACGGAGACAACCCAACUUCCACUCUCUCUGGAGGCUCUACCACAUCAGCGACUCCCAGCUCAACUAACGCGGCUUGCAACGCAGUCGAUGCCAAGUAUGGUCUGCCGAUCGGCCCUCUCGACGUCAAUAUCGAUCGCUACCUAGAUGACUGCCUGGGCUAUUACGACGAUCUAGACAGUACUCCAUUUGACAGUUAUGUCGACAAGAUUUAUGGCACUAAAGAUCUGGACUCGAAAUAUGUCGCUAGUGAAAUCUCGGAAGAUGAGACUGAUUUCGCCUACGACUACACCUACGAGGAAGGCAACAACGAUAAGCAGAAGAACAUGGUCGAAUCACCAUGGGGCGAUGCUAGAUUACUCAAAGAGUUCAAACCCAGCCAGCCAAAGAAGAUCAAGAAACCUGGAAAGGCCGAGUUCGAUGCUAGCAUGAAGAUCUGCGUUGGAUGUGGAGCUUCUGGAAGUGUCACCAUCCAAGGCUCGGGCACUAUCAGUCCUCUCUUCUCUCUCACUGAAGGCUACGUUACUGUCGACGCAAACAUGAUGCUCGCCUUGCAACUCGGUGUAGUCGCUGAAGUUCAAUACAGCUACAAGUAUGACGAGCUGCUCUUCUCGUUCGGUCAAGUGCAACUUCCUCUAACCAUUACUACAGUGUCUGCUCGUACUGUUGGCUCUGUCGCUUGGGCUCGCAAAAUCUCCCUCUCCGCUGGAAGACAUGUGUCCUACGUCAAGGACAAGAACUCUGGACACCUCCGUCCAGCCACCAAUGACUUCGAUGAAGUCCCAGCUCGCCGUCGCCUCGCGCGACCUCCCACUCCCGACGCCGAAGACACUCCCGAAGAUGAGGUCGCUGCCGACAUUAACGCCCUUAAUGAUGAGGAUGCUGAAGAUGACAUGGCUCCUGUCGUUCGAUCUUCGCUAGCAAUAUUGAGCCAAACCGAUGAAGAGGAAGAGGACGACGAUGAUGGCACUGUUAUGGCCGAUGAUGAGGUCGUGGAGCGUAGGGCACACGUCUCGGAGGCUAAUGUCAAGUAUAUUGCAGAAUACAAGCAGAUGGGUGUCGGCGCUCGCGCCAAACAUAGAGCUCCUACUUCGAGAAUAUCUUGUAGUUUGGAAGGACUCCUCCCACAAGAGAUCAUGGGUUGA